CCCAAGGAGUCUUCCGAAAUGCAAGCGCAAUGUCGGUGAUAGGAAAUAAAAACCUUUGUGGAGGUGUCCCAGAAUUGCACUUGCAAGCAUGCGAUGUCAAAGUUAUGAAAAAAGGAAAAUCUCAUGCAUUCAAAUUAACAAUCAUAAUUGUUGGUGGGGUUUUGUUUUUCAUUCUAUUUUCAUCCUUUAUUGUCUUUUAUAGGAGGAGAAAAUCAAUAAAAGAAUCAUCUUCUACACUCCCAAAAACCAACCAACUUUCAAAUGUUUCAUACAAGGAGCUCUAUCAAAUGACUAACGGAUUUUCUCCUAGUAAUUUAAUUGGAUCUGGUGGUUUUGGUUUUGUGCAUAAAGGAAUUCUUGAUCAGCAAAAAAUAAUGGUUGCUGUGAAAGUAUUGAACCUUCAAGAGAAAAGAGCUUUCAAGAGUUUCAUAGCUGAAUGCAAUGCGUUCAGAAAUAUACGGCAUCGGAAUCUUGUUAAGAUUUUAACUUGUUGUUCCAGCAUGGAUUACAACGGCAAUGAUUUCAAAGCUCUAGUUUACGAAUUCAUGGAAAAUGGAGACUUAGACAAGUGGCUGCACCAAGAUAUCGACAAUGAAAAUCGACCAAGACAUUUGAGCCUCCUUCAAAGACUAAAUAUUGCGAUUGAUAUAGCUUUUGCGUUACAAUAUCUUCAUGAUCACUGUGAACCACCAAUUAUUCAUUGUGAUUUAAAGCCAAGCAAUGUCCUUCUUGAUAAUGACAUGAUUGCUAAAGUAAGUGAUUUUGGUUUGGCAAGGAUCCUCUCUGCAAGAAAUGAUAUUUCUCAAAAUCAAACUAGCACAGUUGGAAUAAAGGGUACUAUUGGCUACGCUGCUCCAGAGUAUGGAAUGGGUGGUGAGGCAUCAACACAAGGAGAUGUCUAUAGCUAUGGGAUAUUUGUGUUGGAGAUGUUCACAGGAAAGAGACCUACUGACAAAAUGUUUAAAGACGGCUUCAACCUUCAUAACUUUGUUAAAAUGGCAUUGCCAGAAAAAAUUGUGCAAAUUAUGGACCCAAAUCUUUUCACAGGAGAAGUGAAUGAAUUACCGAUGGAAACAGAAGAAGAUGACUACAACUACGAUAUUGAGGCAGUAGAAGAAAGAGUCAUUAUUGAGAAUGUAAGCCAGAUGAAUUCUAAUGUGCAAAAGUGCUUUCUUUCAAUUUUCAAUAUCGGCCUUGGUUGUUCAUUAGAAUCACCGAAAGAAAGAAUGAAUAUGGAGGAUGUCACUAGGGAACUACAUCGAAUCAAAAAUGCAUUUCUAGAGGUUGGGAGCCAUGGAUAAGGACCAAGUAAGGAAAAUGGAGCUUUGUGAAGAAAUGAUCGGAUUGCAGAAAAGUCUCCUUUGUAAUGCCCCUGUACGUUGAGCAUUUGCUUUGGCAGUUUGUGCGAGUAUAUGUGUACUUUGUUGGAAUAAAUCAAACUGACUUUUGAUGAUCUACUUGUUUAAUUAAGACAAUACCUCUUCCUACAAACACGUAUUAAGCAUAUGGUAAUGCACCAAAAUAUCUCUUCCUGAAACGAAAUUUCAUUUGGAUCUUUUCUCGAGCAGCACGCGUGCAAUGCAUCAUGUUCUGGUUUAUCGCUGGCAAUGUGGCAUGUGUUAAAAUUCACGUGGCCACAAUAACACCAAUUCGAGCAUUUUCAAGA